AUGGGCAUCGGACCAGCACCCGCCAUACGUCAGGUACUAUCACAGACUGGACUGAAGAUUGACGACAUCGAUAUCUUCGAGGUGAAUGAAGCGUUCGCUCCUCAAGCCCUAGCCGUUCAACGCGAGCUCGGAAUCCCAAUGGACAAGCUGAAUUUGAAUGGUGGUGCUAUUGCUCUUGGUCAUCCUCUAGGCGCAUCGGGAGCACGAAUCAGUGUUCAUCUAGUACACGAGUUGAAGAGACGUAACGUGAAAUACGCUAUUGGGUCGGCUUGCAUAGGAGGUGGACAAGGAGUUGCGGUUCUUUUUGAAAAUGUUCACUAA